ACAUUAACUGCAAUUAAUGUUAUUAUCCCACAAUGAAAAACGUAUUGUAUAUAAUUGUUUCAUUUCUGGCAGUAAUGAAAUGUAUAGGCCAUAUAAAGCUGUUGAAUCAGUGGCUAACACUCACUUAACCAUUAAACAUCAGUCAGUGGGCAGCUGGGGUCCAUUUCAUUUGAAACUGGUGAAACAUGGCUAAGGCCACCUCUGCAAUGUUUCAAGUGACUGAAACAAAUUGUGCAACAUUAGAAGGUUCAUUAGAAAAUGGAAAUGUUCUUAACACUUAUUUUUACAGUGUUUUCACAACUGAUGAGGACACCCAGUACAUAGACUAUUCAAGCAUCCUGUUAAAUAAAUACUGUAGUAUUCUUUUAAAUUAAUUUCUAACACUUAUUACGAAGUACGUCACUGAUGAGAUGUGAGAUGUGUCACAUAAAUUUCAUCAUUUUAGUUUGUCAGACCACACAAUGGGUGUGUGAUAGUCUCUCCUGUGGACCGUUUACAUCAUUGGAAGGUGAUCAGUAGUGUGUGAGUUCUCACAUGGCUUGUCCUGAGAACAUGUUUUUUCUCAUUGGCCUCUUUAUGUCAGGUGUUUUGGCCUGUUUUGGCCAACGAGGUUUGAUCGCCACAAUGCCAGUUAGACUGGAUGUACUGACUGGCUCCUGUGUGCAAGUCCCAUGUGCAUUUGAAAUUCCUGACAAAAAGGACUAUACAUUUAACAGCACAAUACUUACCUUUGGAGUGUGGAUUAAAGAAUCACCACAGUUUGCUCAGAGUCCGGACAAUGUUGUAUUUAACAGUAGUAAGAAGGUCAACAGCUAUCAAGGGAACAUAACUGGAAACAUGUCCCAGAAGAACUGCACCAUAGUCUUCUUCAAUGUAAACUGCAGUUACUCUGAUAAAUACUUCUUCAGGAUUGAAAGUCAACCAUACCGUGCAACAGACAUUGAAAAGUCUGUUAAUAUAGAUGUCAGGGAUUUGCCUCCCAGCCCCAUCAUUACUGUCUCAGGUGAGGUGAAGGAAGGGACCCCUGUCAGUUUGAACUGCUCUGCUGUCGCUCCCUGUCCCAAACACCCCCCUGAGUUGAUAUGGACUCUCCCAACACAGUUCACACCUGAGAACCAACUGCAGGAGAAUCCAGACCAAACCAAAUCAGUUCUCUCCAUGGUGACCUUCACUCCGUCAUACCUUCAUCAUGAGAAGAACAUCACUUGUACUGCAGUCUACCCAGUAGGGACAAGCAACAAGACAGCUGAACAUACCAUGAUGCUUAACGUUUCAUUCUCUCCUAAGAACACCUCAGCCUCCAUCAGUCCAGCUGGUCCAGUAUUAGUGGGCAGCUGUGUUAAUCUGACCUGCAGCAGUACAGCCAACCCUCCUGUGACAAACUUCACCUGGUUCCAGAUCAGUGGGGGUAAACCAACACAGGUAGCAUCUGGACAGAGUUACACCCUCAAUGUGACUGUUGGUGAUGGAGGACUGUACUACUGUGAAGCAAGAAAUGGUCACGGCCGUGGGAAGUCAAAUGAAGUGCAGCUGGCUAUUAAAGGGCAAAUAGAGCCUGUGGUGUUUGGGGUUGCAGCAGGAACUCUGGGGGUCUUUCUGCUUAUCAGCCUGGUCUGUCUUUUUGGAUGGAGGAGAAACUCUAGGCUCCCCGAUGGACUUGAAAGGACGGACAAUCCACAGGGACAGAACUCCCCGGUUGGGACGGUGUGUGUUAACCAGACCCCAGCCGGAGAGAAACCAGAGGAACCUGCAGAAGACCAGCCUGAAGAGAUCCACUAUGGUGACAUAGACUUCUCCAAACUACGGCCCAAAGAGACCCCAGCUGCAGCCCAGGACGGGAACAGGGUCCAGGGGCAGGAGAGUGAGUACGCUGAAGUCAAUGUGACCAGGAGAGGGCCCCAGGAACCACACCUUAACUACAUAGAUGGGCAUUAUGCACAAGUGAAUAAAAGAGGUGCAUUUUAAGUAUUUGGGGUAUAUACAGUAUGUCUUGUGUGCACUGAGCUCCAACAGUACUGGGACAGUGCCAUUUAUUUAACUUUUUAGUCUCUGUUCUCCGGAACUUUUGAUUUGAAAUGAAACAGUUACUAUGAAAUUAAAAUGCAGACUGUCAGCUUUAAUUCCAGGGUAUUUUCAUCCAUAUCGGGUGAACU